AUGUCCGGUAUGGGGGCUGGUUCGUGCGGCUCGGGCUCCGGGGCCUGUGGCGGGGGGGUCGCCGCCGUCGCCUCCUCCCCGGGCGGGGGGGUGUCGAUGUUCCGCUGGCUGGAGGUGCUGGAGAAGGAGUUCGAUAAGGCCUUCGUGGACGUGGACUUGCUGCUGGGGGAGAUCGACCCCGACCAAGCGGACAUCACCUACGAGGGGCGGCAGAAAAUGACCAGCCUCAGCUCCUGCUUCGCCCAGCUCUGCCACAAGGCGCAGACCGUGUCCCAGAUCAACCACAAGCUGGAGGCGCAGCUGGUGGAUCUGAAAUCUGAACUGACAGAAACUCAGGCUGAGAAAGUAGUAUUGGAAAAAGAGGUGCAUGAUCAGCUUUUGCAACUCCAUGCCAUUCAACUUCAGUUGCAUGCCAAGACAGGCCAGAGUGUUGAUUCCGGGGCAAUUAAAGCAAAAUUGUCUAUCCUUUCUGUGGAUGAGUUGGAGAGAGAGCUUGAAGCCAACAAGAAAGAAAAGGUGAAAGAAGCUCAACUUGAAGCAGAGGUGAAGUUACUGAGGAAGGAAAACGAAGCACUUCGUCGACACAUAGCUGUGCUUCAGGCUGAGGUUUAUGGGGCAAGACUGGCAGCCAAAUACUUAGAUAAAGAACUAGCUGGAAGGGUCCAGCAGAUUCAGUUACUAGGUCGAGAUAUGAAGGGUCCUGCUCAUGAUAAACUUUGGAACCAGCUAGAAGCAGAAAUACACCUGCAUCGUCACAAAACUGUUAUUAGAGCAUGUCGGGGUCGUAAUGACCUGAAACGACCAAUGCAAGCACCACCAGGGCAUGAACCAGAUUCCUUAAAGAAGAGUCAAGGCGUUGGUCCAAUCAGAAAAGUUCUCCUUGUUAAAGAAGACCAUGAAGGACUAGGCAUUUCAAUCACAGGUGGGAAGGAGCACGGCGUUCCAAUACUAAUCUCUGAAAUCCACCCUGGUCAGCCUGCUGACCGAUGUGGAGGUCUGCAUGUUGGAGAUGCCAUUCUAGCAGUAAAUGGAGUGAAUCUGAGAGAUGCCAAACAUAAAGAAGCAGUAACUAUUCUUUCCCAGCAGAGAGGGGAGAUUGAAUUUGAAGUGGUGUAUGUUGCUCCAGAGGUAGACUCAGAUGACGAAAAUGUAGAAUAUGAGGAUGAAAGUGGACAUCGCUAUCGCUUGUAUCUUGAUGAAUUGGAGGAAGGUGGAAAUUCAGGUUCUAAUAGGAAAAAUGCAAGUGCAGCUGUCAAACCAUCAGAAGUGUUUGAUAAGAAACCAAGUGUUGAUGGACAUGAAAAUGGAGACCUAGGAAAUUCAGUUCAAACUCCCUUAGAAGAGACUGCACCCAAACUAGCUGAUUCUGCUGAGUCCUUGCCCUAA